GCUGCACAAGCUCACCUCCUGCCACACGAACUGCACUCCAGACCUUUGAACACAAACCCUCACAGUUAAAUGCACCAUCAGAGCUGAAUAAUGGAGCCGCUUCAUUCGCUUUUAGAAGACUAGAAGAAAGGCUGAGCAGUAGCUGAAUAGAGAUGUAUGCAGCGGCUCUGCCCCCACUAAUCCAAGCAGGAAAUGGAAGAGCAUUGACCAGAGCAGAGUUCCUGUCGCUAUUAAACACCUACAACUGGUACCUGAAAGAGCAGACUCAGCUCCAGCUCACUUAUUGUCAGGGUGCAGAUGGAAGGGUGCUGGUGGAAGGUUUACUGAAUAUCUCCUGGGGAGUACGGAGACCAAUCAGGCUGAAAAUGCAGGACGACAAGCAGAGUCUUCCGUUUGCACCGAUGGUUAUGCCUGAUCCCACCAGUCCAGUCAGCCCAAUUGGCAGCAAGAGUAGUAUGUCUCGGUGGGGAGAAUAUAAUGAUCUUCACCAGAUCGAUGAAGUGGCAGAGACAGACGCAGCCCACCAAACAGUGGUCAAAGAUCCUUUACCAGGCCCUCCUGUUUACGAGAGUGCCACGCUGCGUCCUACGAGGCACAAGAAUCUGGAGCUGGAGGUGGAGUCCAACCUGUUCCGCUGUAUGAGCGACGCUUCAUUAGUUAAGAGGAGGAGGGGGAGGGGAAAGUCAGAAGCACAACGAGAGCAGGAAAGACAACAUCGCUUCUCCAUCAACGGGCACUUCUAUAACUACAAAACCUCUAUAUUCACCCCAACGUUUGGUACUUCGACUAAAGUUCGCAUCUCUAGCACGAUGACAACAGACGAAGUCAUCGAGCAGCUGUUAAACAAGUUCAAGAUUGAAAAUGACCCACAGGAGUUUGCAUUGUACAGCGUUCACCAGAGUGGAGAAAAGAAAAAGCUGUGUAACAGAGACCACCCACUGUGGGCGCGCAUCCUGCAGGGACCAUCUGACGACAUCAUGAAGAUCUUUUUGAUGGACAUGCAUGAAGAGGAAGUCAGCACUGAUGUUGCUCAGUAUUUAAACUUGGAGCUUCCGAUCUUGGAGCAGGUUUUACUCAAACUCAGAGAGGAGGAAAACAAAGAGAUUGAAAUGGUCAUCAACAAGUAUCACCACCAUCACAGACUUCUGUCUAACAUGCUGAACGUUAAGACAUCUCCUCACAUUGAGACCAGCGUCUGACGACUACUGAACUCAGUUUCUAACAAAAAAAACACUUCAAGGAUUCUGAGAAACUCUGAGCAUAUUUUGAAAAGGCCUUUUUUUACUUACAAAUUGUAAUUUAAAUAAUAGUAAUUUGUCACAAGAUUUUUUUUUUUUU